ACGAGAGUCACGUGACACCGAGAGAGCUGAUUUACCUGCGGACUGUCACACCUGUGCGUGUCUGAUCACAGCGAUACUGACACUUCUGAGCGCUUAUAAUAUUCGAUAUACGUGUAUUUAACUUUCUCGAUGGAGUUUCAGGACUCUGUUAGUGGAGAUCUUCAUAUUCAUCCUGAACUCAAAGAGUCUGAUUGGAGUUAGAUUUAGCACUUAAACCACAGAGAUGAUCGCAGAUCGGCAGUCCAGCCCAGAAAAUCAGACUGAUCUCAACAUGCUGAAGCAUCCAGACAAGCUCAGACCUCCAGAGCCCAGCGAGCUCCUCAGAUGUGAUGGAGAUCAGCCGGAGAGCAGCAGAGAGCGGGAGGAACCGAGCGAGCGGAUGGAGACGCAGGAGAAGCCACGGGACGUAGGUGACGGCUCGCCGGCUGAGGAUGAUGGAGAACCGCUCCAGGACGCCUGGUGUCCAGAGAAAGCCAUGCAGGCGUUCACACCGAACGUGAUGAUCGUGCAGCCGACGGGACACGAGGAUGUCCAGAAACACAUUGAGAUGGAGAAGAUUCCUCUGUAUGUGCAGAGCUUCCACACAAACCCUCCUGAACACUUCCACCCGCCGUGGAUCGAUGAUAUAGACAAACCCCAAAACAGUUGUGUGGAGGCUGUGCGGUUGUGUGUUUGUGUAACGGCUGCUGCAGUGAUUUUCCCGUUACUGACGUGGGGAGGAUACAAGCUCCUCCCCUUUGAUGCCCCUCCCCUCGACAGCUCCGCCCUCAAAUUGAUCUACACACUGCGCUGUGCGUUCUUCGCCAGCAUUCCCAUCGUGCUGGGUGUGCUGGUUCAGGGUGUGUCUCGUUUGAGGUUCGGGACGCUGAAGCCUCUGUUUGACGGGACGUGGGAGAAUCGUGAGGUGGCCGUUCACUAUUAUUACGUGCGAGACUCGCUGCACCUGUACCUGCUCUACUUCCUGCAGCUCGCUGUCAUGGCAACGUACACCCAACAGGAAAUGCUCAAACUGGUGCCGCUCCUCACCAUCAUCUUCGUCUUCGGCAGACUGAUCUACUGGGUGUGUGUCGUGUUCGGCAGCAGUGUACGAGCGUUUGGAUUCGCGCUCUCCUUCCUGCCUCUCCUUGUUCUGCUGGGCGCUAAUCUUUAUUUCAUUGGCUCGGUCAGCGGACAGGAGGCGGUGUUUCAUGUGGCCCCGCCCCCUACAGCUCCACCCCCAAAACAGAGGUGGUGGGGCUGAAAACCACGUCC